AUGGCUCCCGUCCCGGAAGCCUAUUUCCCGUCCCUGGACAAGUGCUUUUCCGGGGACGUUCAGCUUUUAUCCUGGAAGAGAGCUUUCCUCUACACCUGUGAUCCGGAUAGCUUCCCCGACGAUACUCAAGUUCUUGACUCGUUUUUGUCGCACCCAGAUAGCAUUCAACUCCUUCUAAAUCGCGAUACGGUCUUUCCUUCACGGUCUGCUAAGACGAAAUCGGAUUUCGAUACAAAAACUGCAGCAAUACAUGCGGAGACAAAUGCGCAGGCUUCGUACGAUUUGAAAGAAAUCAAAGCGGAUGCUCUUUGGCUGAGUGGAAAAGCUGGGAUCGAUGAGGUCAAUGCGCUUCGGAUCGCAGUCUUGGAAUGGCAAACACGACCCUCUACGCGCCUUUUGGGCCAAUUUUCUGACGAAGAAACCAUCAGCUUGAAGGGGGCGGCCGGGGUCGAUACUUUCCGCGUGUCACUCGCAGGACCCAGUUUCGCUGAGAUUUUCAGCACGAGACCAGGCGAAGGAAACAACGCCGCCGAAUUUGUCGCCGAGAAAAACAGGCGUCUACGUCUCCAAGAGCUUUAUCUGUCGGAAAGAUGCCAUGCCAUCAAGACAGCCCGCAAGCUUCUCGCGUUGUUUUUGGAUAGCGACCAUCUGGAUAGCGCACCUCAACAACAAUCAGGAAGCCCCACUGGCUUAGGGAAAUUAGGUGCAUCCAUAUUCAGCGACAAAGUCAGGGGGAGAACUUGGUACAGCUUCGCUGGAGAGUCCAUCAAAGCUGUGAAGGCACGCCUUUCAGCCCUCGAAGGUGCUGGCGGUUGGCUGGGUGCUGCCGAGAGCAGCGAGGAUAUUGAGAACUCAUGGAGGACAACCCUUGUGGAAGAAGUAUUACAUAUACUCCAGGGCUUGUUUAUGCAGCUUCAGACUUCCACGGAAAUCCCUCCUGCGGACUUGUUAAUGUCUUGGCUCCGUCUAAUGGCUGACUAUGCCUUCCUCGAAUCCCUUCAAGCUCCCUGUGAAAACCCUAUUGAACUACUUCUACCGCUACAGGGCUUUGUGUGUCUGAUCACCCUGACAUUUUUAAAACUCCCUCUCUCGAUCCCUGCCAUUAUCGAAAAGGGUGAGGGCCAAGAUGCGUCCACUAAACCACCUUACUUCCUAUCAAAAGACGACAUCGGUCAGAUCAACGAAAUAUUCACCACCGUGGGACUUGAGUCAAAGACUGCGAGUCCGGCUGCAUUUUCAUGGGGUAUGGUUUUGCAUACAAUGGGGGAGCUAGCUCUCAAUGAUAAAGAGACCCGAGAAAUGGAACAGUUUCACAGCGCCGUGGAUUCUUUCCAAUCAAAUACGCCGCACUCACACAGUGGUCGUGCCACUGAAAUUUCACUUUACGAAGAACUACUCGAAGUUGCUCGCACCCCACGGUAUACUAUCGAUGAUUCGGUCACCCUUCUCACCUCAGAUGCAAUCAAAAAUAUUGUGUUCGACACCAUUGUCUCCCUGCCACAAAAGAUUGGGUCGACAUCGGCUGUCGAUGACAUUGUGACGAACCAAUGGACACGCACCGCGCUGCUAGAUCUCGUUCGAUCUAUGAUAAUUUUCAUGGAUUAUUCUCCGGAAAUCGUGGAGUCUGUCCUGGGUAUCCUCAAUGGGCCAGCCGCAGACUCAUCUUGGCCUCUGGCCAUGUCGCCAGGCUCGCCCAGCGAUCCACGGGUGAUUUUCAUGAAGGACGAGCGCCUCAUGAGCAACAUCUUCCUAGUAGCGCGCUCGCGCUUUCCAUAUGAGACGGUACCGUUUUUGAAGCUAUGCCGUGCUCUCCUCAGCCCCGAACUGGUUAAUGAGGAAGGCUUUCCUCAGAUUUUAAGCGAGUUGGAAAACAUGGAGUCAUUCACGCAGAUUGUUCCAGACCAUUUCCAAGGCUAUGAAACCAUUCGGGAGGAUGAAGACGCCAAUUUUGUGAGCCUCCUUGAGCCACUUCCCAUGAUUGAGUCCAAUCUGCGGAGGCUAUCCCAAAACCAGCAAAUAGCCAGCAAUGCUCUCAUUGUCACCGGCUCAUCAGAACUUCCUUCAUCAACAGUAGGCCAGGUAGUUUCCGAGUCCAGACCUGCAGUUGUGAUGUGGCAACAUCGCUAUUCCUGCUUAAGCUACCUAGGAAGCUGGCUCGAGGAAUGGAACGAAAAUGGCGGGUUCUCGGAAGGCUUUGGGGAUGACUGUGUUGCGGAAACCAUAUGGUUGUUUACAGAUCUUAUCCUCGCAACAACGAAUAACCAGGCACUCAACAAUGAUGGCUCUGCUGCAAAGAGUAUUUUGGAAAUGGCUAGCGAUGGUCUCUCUCGCCAAAGCGACAUCGUUUCUCUUGUGUUUGACAUAUUUGAGCGCAACUUACAAAACGUCGGCGCUAGGACUGGUUCGGAAGGCGUGGUUGACUCGACAAUAGCUUGCCUGCACUUUGUCCGUGCCCUUAUCGCAGUUCUACCAAGCAGGGUAUGGCCUCUGCUCUCUCGGAGCUGUCUACUUGGGGCAGAUGGCAAAGGCGGUAUGAUGACUGCGAUUAUAUCCGCUACAGAGGUAACGUCGGGAGAAUACCCAUUCCUAAUGGCCUCUGUGCGUCUAUUCCAAGCCGUUGUUGAUGAUGCAAUGUCUCGUGCUGUUUUAAGGCGAUGUCCCACUGGCAAACCAGGUGUCGUGUCAGACUGGACUUCCGGGGUGCCAUCACAUAUCAUGAGAGCCAUAUUGCUAAACUUUGUUCGAACAAUGGUCGAGGUGUUUAGCAGUAACGGUAAUUGGAGGUUCAAUUCCCCCGAGCGGAAGUUUGAGAUGAACACCGCAAUUGCGAAAACGCUGGAAAGAAUUCUCCAUUAUGCGUUUGGUACAAACCAUGCUGCCAACAACAGAUUGGAUUCAAAAAUCACAGGCGUCUUUUCAUCUUCGGCCACAUACAUCUUAGACGUCCUCCGACCAACCUCUGCAGCAGAUUUGCCCUUCAACCCUAUUCUCCGGCUAAUAAUUGACGGGCUUCAAACCCCUCCCACAUUAUAUCUUCGUUUCUUGACAUUGCUAGAGAAACAAGUUGUCUCAACGUUGGAACUCUCAGCAAGACUGCUGCAGGCAGCUCAGCUCAUCGAUCAGUCACCAUCGUUGCUAGAGGAUCAGCUUUUCAAAGCCACGCCAGUCCUUGUGAAGCUAUAUGCGCUCCAUGGCCCUUAUCAACUUCCCACCCUUUCACUAUUGAACACGUUGGUCACUAGCGCUGCAUUAGACUCCAGUAACGAGCCACCGUCUUUAGUCGGGCACUUGGGGGCCGAUACCUCCUGUCUUUUCCUUGAUGUUUUGUCCCGAUUCGAUAAGCCUCUUAGUGACCCGACCCUACAGUUAUCUGUAUGGCGUUUACUGUCGACUCUGAUCAGCAAACGGCAACAGUGGCUUGCAGUCUAUAUCCUUACAGGCUCUUCUCCCCGCCAAUCACUAAAGAAAACAGAUGCUCAAAAUAACUCCGCAAUGAGGGGCACCCCCUUCUUACAAAUGGCACUCGACCAAAUUUCGGAGAUAGAGCAGAUUCCGGCCCAGGUAGCUCUGGCACUUCUCGACUUCGUUUCCAACGCUCAGGAGCACUGGCCAUGGGCAACUCCAGAACUAAGGAAGCAUGCCAAAUUCUUCCCUAGUCUCGUGAAUUAUGUGUCUAAGCUGGAUAUAUCGUCUCUUCCUAGUGUUGAACAAAUUUUCGCCACCCAAAUCGCGGCUGUUGUUGCCGACCUUUGUGCUGUCUAUCUACACUCCGCCAAAGAAGCACAGGACCGGAAUUUCUAUAAAACCUUGUUUCCACUCGUAUCCUGGUACGCAAAGGACGCUGUUGAAGUCUCUGGGUAUAAUGCGUCCUUACACGCCAAUCUCAAGAGGAAUUUUGAGAACAGAUACCCAGGAUGCAAACUUGACGACUUUAAGAGGACAUCGCUACGGCCCCGCAGUUUAGGGCGAGAAUAUUACUACGAUAUCCGCCUGGGUAAAAAGCUCCUUUCUUAUGAUUUUGCGUGGAAAGGGUCAAAAAAUCAGGGAUUUUCCGAAGAAUUUGAGCGCGCCAACCUCAACCUCUCUCUCAUUGAAGCGCAAGUGAACCUCCUCCACAGUUGGAAGUUUUUCGCAGUUGAACACUGUGCAGACUUCAUCUCAGAACAUGAAAUCCAGAAGUCGAUGGCUGCCGUCGUCAAGAGCUGCCUGGAAACCAACACCAACGGAGUCCCACAAGAGGCCAUUUUUGAAAGGAUACAACAAACUAGGGUUGAUUUUGCCCAAAAUCUACUACAGCGCCUCGUGGAGAAACAAGCGAAGGGUGCUGAAUUUUUCAGCCUCCUUCAGGUGGUCUGGGAAUCAUUAAGAAGUCGUCGACCCACAUAUGAAGACGCAUUAAUCAAUGACGAUUCUGAAUACUACCGGUCGCUUCUAAACGCGCUUUUCCUGGCCCUACAGUUUCACCUUGACGGCAAGUCGAGAGCAGCACCGGAAGCCCUAAGCAAGAAAGCAGAGUUAUCCUCGGAUCUGGGAAUCGUCGCUGAGAUAGUGAAGGUCGUGGUGGCACAAGGGUUCAGGUCGCUAACUUCUUACCUUCAUGAUCAACCAGAAAAGUGCCUUCCGAAAGACUUUGCCGUUAUAACUGCAAUCCUGCAAAGCUCGCUACAGGUUAAGAACGUCGAUCGCCUAUACGAGCACAUUGUAUACUACAUCGCCGACAACGACACAGUACGGCACGCCACAUCAUUAUUCUCGUGGGCAGAUCAGCUGGCCGUUGCAGGUGACCCCGUCUAUGGAGAGCUCAGUAUCUCCUUCCUCGCCAAAUUAUCCACCAUACCCAUGUUGGCAGAGCACCUCGCCGUGGAGGUUGUGCUAGCUCAACUCUCCACUUCCCGCUUAACAAAUGCUCUUCGACAGCCCAAAGGAUUCGGUCCAUUUGACCCCGUUCCGAGAAUAUACUCUAUCUGGACCGGCGGCAUCCUCCCUUUGUGUCUGAAUCUUCUUUACCACGUCAUCCGCACGGCACCCGAAGUCGCCGCCUUCCUGAACCAGUUUGAAGGACAGCUCACACGGGCGGCGGGGUCGUUUGCCUCUGCACGCACCACAAUCUCAUCGUCGGCGGUAGCAGCGCACCGAAUUAGCUUGAGCAUGGCCUCGGAAGCCUACUCUCUCGCUCUUAUUUCGUAUAUUCUGGGCCGUCUCCGCGAAGCAGGGUCCAGCAUUGGCGUCGAUGCGCAAGCAAUCCAGGAACUGAACUGGGAUAAAGCACAAGUCAAAGAAGACAUUGAGGAAUUAAUCGAACGGCGCCCCAAUCUCCGGACACGGAUUGUCGCGACGAACGAUAAGGAGGCUGAACUGGCGCGCCAGAAGCCGGUGAAUGCAACAUCUGGGGCGGAAAAUCAGUUGGAGGAGAGGAUUGUCAGCGAACUCAAGGCGACUCUUGUUUGCAUAGGAGGGGACGAGUCGUGA